AUGGAGGAAGACGCCGAUCCGGAAUUCCUCGAGCUCUCCGAGAGGCAGCGCGCUGCUAUCGACCGGGCGUUUAAUCGUGGUCUUCGCCGGCCCACGAAACGGCGGCGGCUCGACCGCAAGGCCAAAUCGUCGGCCCGGUCAACUCCGGCUGGAGGUUUCCUCCCAGAAGAUGACGAAAUGGCUGGGGGAUUCCUCCCAGACGAUGAUGCUGGCGGCUUCAUACCCGACGACGAUGCGGGAGGCUUCAUCCCUGAUGACGAGGGAGGAGGCUUCAUCCCGGACGACGAGGAAGGUGGGGGGUUCGUAGCCGACGAGCUCUCCGCGGCAUCAACGGCUCCGGCCACGCCAUCCGAACGAGUACCAAUCGGAAGAGUGCCAGCUCUCCUGGCAUCACUUGGUCUGCCCUCGGACGAGGAUGUCUUGUCCGUGUUCCGAGCUAGUGCUGCUGGCUGGGACGAUGAAGAGGAAGGUAGCGGCGGCGCCGUGAGCCUGAAGGACUGGCGGGCCGUCUGUGCCGCUCUCAUGACUCCCGGGAACGACGACGAAUUGCAAGACGAAGGAGAAAUUGACAAUGCGGAAGACGACUUGAGCUCAUUGUCCUCCGACGAGGACGACUUCAGGCCGUCAGGCGACGAAGAUGAGGAGGACGAAGGAUCCGAGUAUGGGAAGAAGUCUGCAUCAGCGACGCCAGCGCCAAGGCGGCGCCAGAAACGCCAGCCAAAAGUGCACCUCUCAUCUCAGCAGAAGGAGCUCGGUCGUGACAUCUGGGACAUGCUUAAGCCGCAAGGCGGCGUUACGCUAUCCAAGGAGGAAGUUAAGAAGUGGGCAAGGGAGAUGGGAGAGAUGUGGUCGGACGACGAGAUCACUGAUAUGGUCUCCAUGUUUGCGAGUGGCGCCAAUCAGCUGUCUUUUGAUCAGUUCUGCAGCGUACUUCUGAGAGCGGGGCUUGUGUAA